AUGUUCCAGGUGCUGAUGUUUAUUUGUAUAACAGCCACAUGUUUCAAUUGGGCAACAAAUGUCGACAUGUUGAUGGCCGUAGUUAUUCCAACUCGAAGAAAUGCAGCGAAUUCAUGGCAAAUUCUGAUUUCUCAUCUUUGUGGUGACGCCUCUGGACCGUACAUUCUUGGAUUGAUCUCGGAUGCAAUUCGUGGAGAUGACGACACGCCAUUAGGCCAUUUUCAUUCGUUAGUGAUGUCCUUCUAUCUUUACAAAUGCUCUGCGUGGCAUCGUCAGCGCCGUGCUGUUUCUCGGUGUCAUAUCAGAAUCCUCAAUGCCAUCAGCAGCGCUGCCGAGGGCAUCGUCGAGUGA